GAGUAGUUACGUUCGUUGGUUUUGCAGCAAACUGUGGUGCGGAAGAGGCAGUCGCAAAGUCAUAGUACGCUUGCUCCCCUGUGUCAUGGCUUCUACCAUAGCCCUGAGCUGCUUUCUACUGGCUUGCGUUGGCGUCUGCUUUGCGACUUUUGGAACUGAACAUGUCCACAUUCGUGUCCACAUACCUGAAGAACAUCAUUCCUCAAAGGAAGUUGUAGUCCAUGAACAUCAUGAAGAUAUUGGUCAUGUCGGUGGAGGAGGAGGUUUUGGAGGUUACGGAGGAGGUGGCCACGGCGGAGGAGGAGGCGGGGGUGGCCACGGUGGCGGAUUUGCCGAUCAUCUUCAUGGAGGCUUUGCGGACCAUCUCAAAAGCCAUGGCGGAGGACAUGGCGGUGGAUUCGGUGGCGGCUUUGGAGGAGGCUAUGGCGGAGGCGGACACGACUUCGGUGGUCACGGUGGCCAUGAUUUAGGAGGUGGACACGGUGGAUUUGAUUUGGGUGGACAUGGUGGUGGCGACUUUUUAGGUGGCCACGGAGGACAUGAUUUUGGAGGUGGCCACGGAGGCCUGGGCGGUGGAUUCGGCGGCAGCCACGGUGGUGGAUAUGGUGGUCACGGCGGUCUUGGAGACGAUCAUAGCGGCGGUUUUGGCGGAGGCCACGGAGGUGGACACGGCGGUGGCCUUGAAGGCGGAUUUGGCGGAGGCCAUGGAAGCGGAUUUGGCGGCGGACAUGGAGGCGGGUUCGGCGGUGGUUACGACGGCGGUCACAGCGGAGGAUUUGGUGGAGGCCACGACUCAGGAUUAGGACAUGAUCAUGGCGGCGACGGUAUUGAUGGUGGCUACGGAAGUCAUGGAUUUUCAUCUGGAGGUCAUGAUAGUUACAGCGGUGGUGGCGGUGGAUUCUCAGGACAUGACAGCUACAGCAUAGGAGCUCAUGACAGCAAUGACUUACAUGGCGACCAUGGCGGUGGAAUAGGCGGUGGCCUCGGUGUUGGGUUAGGUGGACAUGACAGUUACAGCGUUGGGGGUCAUGGUUUUGGUGGUGGCGGCGGCCACGACAGUUAUUCAACUCACAGCAGUUACGAUUCCUUCGGCGGCGGUGGCGGCGGCGGUCACGACCUCGGCGUUGACAGCUAUAGCUUAGGCGGAGGAGGAUCCCUGGGCGGCGAUCAUGGAGGCGGCUUUGGUGGCCAUGGAGGAGACAGUUAUAGCGUCGUCGUAAGCGGACAUGGAAGCGACGGUGGACACGGAGGAGGCUUUGGGGGUGGCCAUGGAGGAGGUCAUGGUGGAUUCAGUUUAGGUGACCUUGGUGGAGGUCACGGUGGUCAUGGUAGUUUUGGCGGCGACAGUUAUACCAACGCAAUAGGAGCUGGCCACGGAGGCGGCCCGUACCACAGAAGAAAGUAAGCCAUUCGUGGUGGUUCUAAGCCAACUAAGUCAUAAUCUUCUUAUUAUUAAUAUGGACUACUCAUCCAGUUUAUAGUACAACUUGUUAUUGUAAAUAGUAUAUUACAUACUUUAAGUUAUUGUUGCUUUAUUUUAUACAGAUUAUUUAAUUAUAUCUAUAAAAAAAUGUUAU